AUGGGCAGUACCCCACACCUGUGUUUGGUGCAACUGUCUUCUGGGAAAAUUCAAGUGAGGCGCCUCCCCCGUCGCGCCCGGGUCCCCGGCAUCCCCGGCCUCCCCGCCGCCCGGCGCGGGCAGGAGGUCCGGGCCCGGCCGGCGGCGCCCAGCAUGCGGCGGCGAGCCGAGCGGCGGGCCGGGCGGCGGGCCGGACGGCGGGACGGGGGGAGCCCCGCUGGCCCCGUUGGCGCGUCCCGCCCGCCGUCCGGGGAGGCCCCGCUGCUGCCGGCCUGGAUGCGGCUGUACUUCUACGGCAUGCACGGGCUGACCCUGGACGUGCUGCUGUCGGCCGGCCGGCGGUUCGGGCGGCGUCCGGACCCGCGGCUGCUGGGCUUCUCGUCCCCGUUCCGCUGCCUGCUGCACUCGCUCACCCACCUGGCCCUGGAGCGCGUCUACCUGCAGCGCCGCCGCUGCCCGGCCGGUCCCCUGGCCUUCCACGGCCUGCUCUUCCCCUCCGCCCACGUCGGCCUGCAGGCGCUGGCGGCGGGGGCUCUCAGCCUGCUGCCCGGGGGAGCCGGGGGAGCCGGGGCCGCCGCCGGGGGCCCGGCCGGGGCCGGGGUCGACCUGGCCCUCCAGUACGGGCUGGCCCUCUACCUCUCCCAGGUGUUCCUCAAGGGCUUCCUGAGCCUGCAGUACACCUGCCCGCGGCCGUGGCAACCGGCGGGGGUCGCCCCCAGCGCCCCUCCACCCGGGCCCGGCCCGCUGCACCUGCAGCAGCAGCAGCAACAAGAGCUGCAACCGCAGCAGCAUCCCCAGUUGGACCUCCAUCGGCAGCAGCAGCAGCAUCAAGAGCUGCAGGAGCAGCAUCCCCAGCUGCAUCUCCAUCAGCAGCGGCAGCAGCACCAAGAGCUGCAGGAGCAGCAUCCCCAGCUGCAUCUCCAUCAGCAGCAGCAACAAGAGCCGCAGGAGCAGCAUCCCCAGCUGCAUCUCCAUCAGCAGCAGCACCAAGAGCCGCAGGAGCUGCAUCCCCAGCUGCAUCUCCAUCAGCAGCAGCAGCAAGAGCUGCAGGAGCAGCAUCCCCAGCUUCAUCUCCAUCAGCAGCCUCCCCCGGCGUCGAGCGCUCCCCACGAGGGACUCCCGGGCCCGCUCCGCUUCCUCUUCUUCGGGAUGCACGGCUUCCUGGACGAGAUCUUCUUCACCUUCUUCUUCGACGUGCUGGGCCCGGGGCCCGGGCCGGCCAGCGGCCACACGUCCCUGUGGUCCUUCUUCAUGUACGGCAGCUGCAGCUUCGUGGUGGAGCGCCUCUACUUCUACUUACAGCGCGGGCGCGGCUGGGCCGCCUGGCAGAGGGUCCCGCUCUACGUGCUCUUCAUCUACGCCUGGGAGCUGGGCUGGGGGCUGGCGCUCCGAGGCUGCGGGGCCUGCUCCUGGGACUACUCCCACUACCCCCUCAACUUCAUGGGGCUCAUCACCCUGGUCUACCUGCCCGGCUGGAUCUUCCUCAGCGUCUACCAGGACCUGCUCUCCAACGUGUUGUGGAGGGUGAGCUGCCCGCCCGACCCCCGAGCCCUCCCUCCCAAGGAAACUGGACGCCCCCCAGGCUGAAGAGGAGGGGGGCCGUGCCUUUUUCUAAAGAUUCCCGACGUUUUAUAUCUUUUACUAAAGUCUCCUGAAACUUUCCCGGCUGGGCUAGGCACCUAUGCACACCACCUGGAAAAGGGAUCUUUUCGAAGCCGGGAUGACACGCCAGAGUGUUUACGAUUGUUCAGUGUUGAAAACUAAAAACAGACACAACCUUAGUACCUUAAAAAGCUGUGCAACCACCUGCUUCGGAGAGGGCCGGGGCAGGGCGGCCUCUUCACCGAAGAGGCUCUUUAAAUGGUGAGACCAAUGUUUCGGAGAGGUAGGUGAGGCGUCCUUUUAACCCACCAGUGGGUUGCUUAUUGAAAUUUUAAUCAGGCCCUCGUUUUCCACAUCAUCACUGCCUCAUGGAGUUCGCUGCCCUUGUAUCGAGAAACGUGUGUGUGUGUGUGUUUGAAUUUUAAACGCACUGUUGUCAGAUAUCCAAGUGCCUUUGUCUAGCACAUAAGUGAAGGAGAAUGGACCCUCGUGUGUAAAUACAUUCUGGGAGAUACCACCUAAGGAGUCCCUUGUAAAAAAAACCCUAAGACUCGCCUUGUGUUAGUACGUUCUACUCUCCAUCUAGGACUGGAUUGUUUUCCAAGUUUAGUAGCCUUAAAUGCACAAGUGUAUUAAAAGUGGAUCAAAUCUUGUUUCCUUCAUGCCUGGAGUUUUCAAAAACACAGGAUUAUUAAGGCAAAACUCGUACCUCUCAGUGGGACCAGUGCCUGUGAAUAGGAAAAAAAAAAAGUUUUCAUAGGGCUGUGCACAUGCAAACUCUCAGCAGUGCUUAGUAGGAAAGAGAAUACUUGAAUGGUCUACCCGAAGCAAGAAAAUGAAAGUUGUUGGUUCUAUAGUAGAUUCAGAUACCCAUUUAAGUAGUCUCCUGUCAUGACAUUGAAAAUCACCUGUUCUCUUUAACCUAAGGCUAGUGGACUCAGAGUUGGCCCCGUGUGGUACUGUGCUUUAUGAGCCAGUGACUACUUUUUGUGAGUUAUAAGGAGGUUCUUAAGUUCAGUGAGAUGGUGAAUGAUACUUGUCUCUCCAAAUUAAAGGAGUCUACUUAAAAAUGCACUUUGGAUUUUUACAUAUAAAAGCAGGUGGAGUAGGCUGUAAUAACUGAGGUAAGUCUGCCUAGCCUGCUCUUUAAAUCUUCAGUACCCAGGGGCUUUGUAUCAACACCUAAAAAUGCUUAUACAAAAUAUUGCUCCUUUUGCCUAAGACUCCACUAAUGUGCCACCUUUCUACAUCCAAAUAAUUCGGGAAGAGUAGCAUUUAAAAAAAGAAAUUACCUUAACCCCUUUCCACUCCCUGAAGCUAACCUGUCUUGCAAAGAACAACUGGCACACAAUAUUGGGUCCAAACUGCCUGUAUACCAUAUUAAGACCAAUUGCUGAUAUUGGCACAAUCCUGUUCAUUGGUCCUGUAAACACUGAAAGGUAGAAGUUUUGCUCAGUUUCUCUGAGGAUAAAAAGGAGCCUAGUGGUCUUCAGUCAUGCGAUUAAAAACCUUUUAAAGGAUUUCUGAAAAAAGAAACCUAUGCCUACAGAACUAAACUUUCACUGUGAUGUCUUGUAUCUAUCCCAGUGCUUAGAACACUGCUUGAUACAUAGCCCUUAAUACAAUAAUAAUAAUAAUAUCAAAAAAUUAUUUCACUUCAACAGUUGGCUCAUUCGUUGCUUGGCAACUCCUGGAUUCUGAGGCCUGAAAGUCCCAACUAGGAACUGUACCCAUCCUGAAAUGGGCCCAAUUCCAAUGUAAACACUUGCUCUGUGCUAGAAUUUGCACAUACAUGCUUCAAAUGUCACUUUAAUGAUAACCUUUCAAACUGACCUCAUGUGCAACCAUACUUCACCACCGAGCAGAUAUUACUGGGGUCCAGCUUGGUGGACUGGCAGGUCACUGCCUUUGGGAUCUCCAGAGACCAGACAGAGAUGGAGAGGUGAGGCACGAACAGGCCACCAUGUCUACUCAUCAGUAGGUCUGAUAGAAGAAGCUGGGAACGAGAUGGAAACCGCUUAACAGUGUUUUUGAAUUACAUGUGGGUUUCCAUUAACUGUAUUUUCCCUGCCAAAGAAAAUUAUGAGUUGACUGAAUUCAAGUAGUCGGUGUGAGAACAAAGAAUACAUUGCACGGUUUCUUCCUUCUCCUGACAGGACUCAAGUCAGAGCGGCAAGGAAACCUAUUUGAACUGACACAGUCUGGUUGUCUGUAUUUGUGGGUGGUUCUUUCCAGCACACAGCCACUUGUGGAGUCAGUGCAGAAGAGGAUUACUCAUGCGGGUCAGAGACCGGCACAUCUCAUCCACAACAAUAGUGAUUGGGUUGCCUUCUGUGUGCCAGAGCACUGUACUACUCGGUGCUGAAAUCGAUGGUAGCUUUUACUAUUCUGAAUUUAUGCCAGAGGGACGGGAUAAACCGAUAUGCCUUUAAGUACAUUUGAGUCUCGGGGAAACAUAGCAUUUGGGUCUGAAAGGGGUAUAUUCAGUUUAGCCCAGCUAAUUGUAUAGAGGCAUAAAUAUUUAAAAUGGUAUUAGUAUGCUGCCUAAAGCACCGAGAAGAAGAUGCAAGUUGAUAUUAGGGAUAUCAAAAUAUAAAUACUAAGUAGCUGAUAACACUAUCUAACUUUCAAAUUGACGCAGCUAGAUU